AUGAAUACAUCAUGGAAAAACAGUCUUCAAGAAUAUUGUCAGAAACAUAAGAUUCUUUUGCCUAAUUAUCGAAUAAAAAAUCAAUCGGGUCCACCACGUAGUUUGAAAUUCCAGGUUGAAGUUGAAGUAGAUGGUCAUUGUGAUAUUGGUGAUAAUCUAUGUCCAACAAAGAAAGAAGCAGAGCAAUUGGCAGCUAAAAGAGCUAUGGAAUAUCUACUUGUAAGGAAUGAGUGUUCGGUCUCACAUUCACCAACUUCAAUAGCUAUAAAUACUGAUGAACAUUCAGAACCACCACCACCACCAUACUCUCAAGUCAUAUUGGCUGAUUCAAUGAACGAUUUUCCUAAUCAAUAUACCGAUAUAGAAAACUUUAUAGCUACUAAAGUUGAAGAAUUUAACGGACGAAUUCGUAAAAUAUCUAUUCCUAUUGCUAUUGGAACACCAAUUGUUGGUAUAAUGCGUGAUGCUUUUUCUGAUUUUGAUCGACCUUAUCUUUGGCCAUAUUUAAUAUUUGGUGGUACAAUUUUAUUAAGUGGUCUUAUUCAAUUUGGUAUUCCAGUAUUAAAACGACGAAAAGAACGUCAUCAACAACUAACAAAACAUCAAUUACAAUUGGGAGUUUUAUCAUUUUCAAAACAAAAUUUAUCUGCAUCCGAACAACAACAACAACUUUAA